GCGGAGCAGCAGCAGCAGCAGCCCUGAGGGGAAGCCAGGCUAGGCCCCAAAGCCCAGGAGGAUGGAAAGAGAAAGAGGCGGGCGGGCAGGCCGGGCCCACCCAUGGACAAUCAGUGCACGGUCCAGGUGAAGUUGGAGCUGGGGCACCGCGCCCAGCUACGGAAGAAGCCCACCACCGAGGGGUUCACCCAUGACUGGAUGGUGUUUGUGCGUGGCCCAGAACAGUUCGAGACCCAGCACUUUGUGGAGAGGGUGGUCUUCCGGUUGCAUCAGAGCUUCCCUAAACCGAAACGUGUUUGCAAAGAACCUCCUUAUAAGGUGGAGGAGUCUGGCUAUGCUGGCUUCAUUGUGCCCAUUGAAGUCCACUUCAAAAAUAAGGAGGAACCGAAGAAAGUUUGCUUCACCUACGAUCUUUUCUUGAACCUGGAGGGGAAUCCGCCUGUCAACCACUUGCGCUGUGAGAAGCUGACCUUCAACAGCCCCACCAAGGAAUUCCACCGAAAACUAAUCUGGGGUGGUGGUAAUGCCAGAAGGUGCCAAAAAGUGUCCAGGCCCAGUCCUGACUACCCCAUGUUGCCCACAAUACCGCUCUCUGCCUUCUCUGAUCCGAAAAAGACCAAACCGCCCCAUGGGUCAAAGGAGGCCAACAAAGAAAGAAGGGACCUGAGGGGAGGAAUGACCACAGCACCCCCCCCCCCAAGCUCAGUUUGGGGUAUCUGGCUGGUUGGAAUCUGCACCAUGGCAAUGUUCAGCACUGGCCAACUCCCAUGGAAUGGGUUUGGGGCAAUUCCAUCUACAUGGGGUUGUGGAAUGAUGAACUAA